ACUUUGAAUUCUAUUAGCUUAGAAAUCAUUGAAUUUAAAUAUUUAAAAUUCUAUGUUGAAUCUUUUAUAAUUUUAUUUCUAUUUAAAAAAGGUUCAGUUGAACUAAGAAGAAGAAGAAGAAGAGGAGGAUUAGAGGAAGAAGAUGAGCGAACCGAGGCCAGUGCCAAGGAGAGAGAGUCCAUGGGGAAUCACCGGAGAGGGUCAUCGUGAACCCAAAGCCCACCGAUGUAACGACCGUGUUGAAGAUGUCGUUCAGGCUUGUUUCGAGGGAAACCCAUUUAAGACAGUUCCAGGGCCUUUCAAGCUCUUCUGGAAAUGCAUGCGUUCUAAACCUGGUGAGGAACCAACAGAGCCAUUUACCUAUCUGGAUUUGGAACCUCCAAAGAGAGAGGAGAAACCUGUAAAAGUUGAGUAAUGCCAUUCCUACAAAUCCCUUUGGUUUCAACUUUAUCACUCAACAUGGAUGCUUUUUAUGCAAAUCAUAUGUAACUAAAUCUAUCUCUGUUGUUUUGCCAUGCAAAAUAGGCAUUAUAUGCAUCUUGUUCUGCGGCAUAUGUUGGCAUGUUGCUUGUCCAAUAAAAAACAUGGCCACUUGCAUUGUUGAAAUAACAAUAAUUUCUUGAUCA